AUGACGGACUACCGAAGCGUCACAGGAGGAGGAGUCCGGGGUUCAUGGGGUGGGCCUGUUUGUGACUUUUCACUAUGUCUCUUGGGGGAGCUUCAUUCGCAAGUAAAGAGUCCCCUGGGUGGGAGUGUGUUCUUCGACCCCGGUUCGGAGGAGGAAGCUCCGCCUCCCCUCAGCAGCUACCUUUGUUUGACUAUUUUCACCUGUUUUUGUCCCGCAUACCCCGUCAACAUCGUGGCCCUGAUCUUCUCGAUCAUGUCUAGGAGCAGCUAUUAUCAGGGUGACUACGAUGGGUCGAGGCGGCUGGGCAGGAACGCUCUUUAUGUGGCUGUGGCCUCCAUCAUCAUCGGCCUUCUCAUCAUCGCCAUCUCCUGCAUCGUUCAUUUUACCGCUGUAAGACACGCCCCCAGAGUGGGGAAGAAUGACUCUGCACCUUCCAUUGCCUGGGGGAUUUUUGAUGCUGUGGAGGUGGAGAGUGGGGGAGAACGCUGCAGGAUAAUAUGGGCUCAGCUGGUUCGUUCAUACUGCACCAUCUGCCAGCGAAAGGACUACGACGCCUGACGUUUACUUCCAUCUGUACAUCACUUUGUCUCGGGUUGAACAUUCUGCACGUGGACAAUCACACACUAUACAACAUGGUGAAUGUGAGCGUUUCAGGAAUGAACACCAACAAUGCUUUAAAUAUAAAAAGACAGCUUUCGACAAACGUUUUUGUCAGGCUUUGACUUUUAUUAGAAAGAUGCCUGUUGUAAUUUAUCAAGAAUAGUGACAAUAACUUGUCUAUAACUGAUCAGAAUACCUAUUAUAUAUAUUAAAAAUACUAUUUCUCCUUAAAUUAUGUUUAGUUUUAUUAGAAAAAAUUGAAUUGUUUAAUUCCACAACCUUUUGGUUGAUUGUUAUUAUAAUAUCUCAUUAAUAAAUUGAUUAGCAAAAACUGCUAAAGUUUGAAAGACGUGGAAAUUGAAUUGGCAGUUUCUGAGAGGUCGACACUACUUAGUUAUUUGCACAAUGGGAAACAGGAUGGAGCUGUUUUCUAAUAAUAACCCGUACCUGGGGUUAAAGGUCAGCACCAGCCUUUGUAGCUUCAUUUUAAUUACCGUAUAUUCCGGACUAUAAGCCGCUACUUUUCUCCCACGCUUUGAACCCCGUAAGGGCGGCUGAGUCAGAUUCACAAAUAUAUGAAUUCAACUAAGUAGCAUAAGUUCACCAUUCAACUGGCUGCUUGCACUUCGACUACUGGUUAUGUUUCAUAUCCCGUAUCGUAUAUUCUUUUAUAAUACGGGGCAGAUGAAAUCAAGCGUUCUGAUUGGUUGAUGAUUGGUGCCGCUUAUAUUCAGGUGCGCUCUAUUGUCUGGAAUUUACGGGAGUAAAUUGUUCAACUACUCCUCUAACAUUAUACUAAUAAACAAUUUGACCUUUUCUAUGUCACAUUAGAUGUCUAAUCAGUUGGCUCCAGACUAUUCCACAUUUGGCACAAUAUUCAUGUCAUAUCAUAUAAAACACAAAUCAAAAGAUAACAUUACAUACUAAAUAUUUGAGAUAUGUUGCACCUGUUGCCUCUUACACCCCAAACACCACCCUUCUUUUAACCUUUAAAGGAUGCUUAAAGAAUUAUGUACAGAAACCAAUGUUGGCCCAUUUCUAAUUUAUUUUCACCCACAUUCAUUUCGAAAACUCCCCCGAAGUUCAACCUGCUCGGCUGGGAGGUUUUCUUGUAGUUCGAUAUGUCAUAGUAGAACUCUUCAACUUAUAGACGAUCCCGUCACACGGUCGAGCAGAGUACCUGUAUCGAGGUAACGUGUGAAAAGUGUCACAUAAGGCAGAGGGGAAAUAAAGGGUUCAGAUUGGUUCAAGCAGGAUGUUCCUGAUCCUUUACGUCCAAUUUAAUUUCAUCUCAGUUCUUUCAGUGUUGCUGUUGAGCAUCAAUCCUUUUGGGCUGUUUUCAUGUUUUCAGGGGAAACGAUAACCUAACACCUACAAUCAGUAAAGUUUUCAUUUGUGAUUUGCAGGAUGUACAUUUUCCUUCAGCGCGUAUGGAGGUGGAAUUCAAAGCAGUGCCUGUGAUGAAACAGGCCUGCUGCCAAGUUUCACUCGGAUGAAUUCGUUUUGGCAGCGAUCUUGUACUGUUAUCUCCCAAUACUCCAAAGGGCAAUUUACAGCUUGUUUGUGGUGCCGCCUCUUUGAUGUCACACCAAAGCAAAACUCAAGCCAACGAGGUGAAAAAUGAAAUGAGUGCUGGGAUUAGGCGACUUGAAAGCACUUAGUGAGAACACUUUGUGAUCAAGGUGGACUUUGUGACAGGAAGCGGAUCACCUCGCUACGCAACGAAGCGAGUUGCAUGAAAGAUUCACACAAACAAAAUGAAUUAGGUAGUACAGUAAAGUAAAUGUACUCAUUACACUUUUUCCAGCAUUGUGAGACAACUGCGUUUUUUUCUUCUCUUCUAGAACAAUAAAUGCUAUUAUUUUCU